AUGGCUGAAGUCCUUGUUGGUGCUGCUGUGACUGUGCUGGUCGAGAAGCUAUUUUCUAGUGCAUUGAUGAAUUUUGCUCAAUCUCAAGGAAUUGAUUCUCAGCUGAAAAAGUUGAAAAUAACUUUACCCAUGAUACAAGCUGUGCUUGCUGAUGCAGCCCAAAAGCAAAUUACACAAAAAGCGGUUAAAUUAUGGCUAAUCGAGCUCCAGGAUUUGGCCUAUGACAUAGACGAUGUACUCGAUGAUUUAACCACUGAAUCAAUGAAGCGAAAGUUGAACCAGGAAGUAUUUCAGACCACAAGCAGUGGUAAUAGCAGUAAGUUACUCAAGAUAUUGCCAACUUGUUGUACUAAUUUCACUCCUCAUAAUAUGAUGUAUGGUCGAAAGAUUAGUUCCAAGCUAGAUAAUAUUAUCUCCAAAAUGCAUGAUAUUAUUGAGCAGAAACAUAAUCUUGGUUUGAAAGUGAAUGUGAAAAGUGAUAGAUCAAAUAAGAUAGAUGAUGUAAGAUUUCAUCAAACUUCGUUGAUUGAUGAGUCUAAAGUGUUGGGCCGGGAAGGUGAUAAGGAGGUAUUGCUAGAAAAUCUGUUAAGAACCGAAGAAGAAUCCAGUAAACCAAAUGUGAGCAGCAGCAGCAGCAUUGUGUCGAUAGUUGGUAUGGGUGGGAUUGGCAAAACAACACUUGCCAGACUUUUGUACAAUGACCAGAAAGUGAAGGAUCACUUUGAAAUCAGGGCAUGGGUGUGCGUUUCUGAUGAGUUCGAUGUACUCAAUAUUAGCAAGGCUAUUUAUCAAGCUUUGGGCGGGGAGGACAAACCGUUUGCUACUCUAGAUUUGCUUCAUUUGGCCAUUAAAGAAAUAGUAUUAAUGAAAAGGUUCCUGGUUGUUUUAGAUGAUGUCUGGAAUGAAGACCACAAGAAAUGGGAUCUGCUUAAAAGUGUUUUUGAUGUUGGGGUACGCGGAAGUAAAAUUAUGGUGACCACACGGAAGAAGAAAGUCGCAUUAGUGAUGGACUCUCCUCAACCAUACAAGCUGGAGGUUUUAAAAGAUGAGAUAGCCUUGUCUUUAUUCGCGCAAUCUGCACUUGUUGAAAAAAACUUUGACAAACAUCAAUCACUUGAAUUUAUUGCUAGAGGUAUCGUUAAGAAGUGUGAUGGUUUGCCUUUGGCUUUGGUAACGCUUGGGAGGGUCUUGAAGACAAAAGAAAACGACGACGAAUGGGUGGAGUUGCUGAAUAGUGAAGUAUGGAAUUUACAAGAUGAAAGUGAUAUUCUUCCGUCACUCAAGCUGAGUUACUAUGAUCUCCCUUCGCAUUUAAAGCAAUUGUUUGCAUAUUGCUCCAUCUUUCCAAAGGAUCAUGAGUUUGAAAAGAACGAAUUAGUCCUACUGUGGAUGGCACAAGGGUUUCUCUCCAAAACUAAAGGCAACAAAUCGAUGGAGAGUUUGGGUCGUCGGUAUUUUGAGGAGCUACAAUCAAGGUCAUUUUUUCAGCCUUCAGUAAAUCGCGAAUCACGAUACAUGAUGCAUGACUUGAUCCAUGACUUGGCCAUAAGUGUUGCUGGGGAGUUUUUCUUUUUUUUGGAUCUGUUGGAUGACAAGAUGAAUGUCAACGGCCAAAACAGAUCUUUUGAGAAGCUCCGCCACUUUUCAUUCAUAAAUCAAAUAACAACAGACGCAAAAUAUAGAAAGUUCAAGGAAGUAUAUAGAGCUAGAUGCCUGAGAACAUUCUUACCACUGUUAGUAGGUUGUUGGUGGGAACUUAGUAGAUUGGACGAUGUUCUUGUUUACUUACUUCCCCAAUUAAAACUCCUAAGGGUGUUGAGCUUGACUAGUUAUUCAAUCACAAAGGUACCGCAAUCCAUUGGUAGUCUCAGGCAUUUGAGGUACCUUAAUUUUUCCGGGUCCAAGAUCAAACACUUACCAGAACAGGUCAGUGAACUUUAUAAUCUACAAACCUUGUUCGUUUGUUGGUGUGAUGAGCUAUCUAGCUUGCCAGGCAGUUUCCUAAAGCUAAUAAACUUGCGACAUCUUGACAUGACUGGUACUCCAUUAUUGAAGAAGUUGCCUUUAGGGAUUGGUGGGUUAACGAGUCUUCAAACAUUAUCUAAGGUUAUUAUUGAAGAUGGUAAUGGGUUUAAUAUAUCUGAUCUCAAGGGCUUACGUGAUCUACAAGGUCAGCUUUCCAUUCAGGGUUUAGACAACGUGAUUGAUCCAUUACAAGCAGACAAUGCAAACUUACAGCAAAAGAAAGGCCUUGAUAAUUUGGAGUUGAAAUGGAGUGUUUCUGAGAAUCAUAAUAUACAGUAUGAAGUACUUGAAAGGCUCCGGCCACACAGUAAGUUGAAAAAACUAGAUAUUUUGUACUAUGGUGGAAUGAAAUUUCCGAAUUGGAUUGGGGAUCCCUCAUUUGAUCGAUUAUCACAUCUUGGCUUACAUAAAUGUAAAAACUGUCGAGAAUUGCCAACACUUGGACAAUUAACUUCACUUACAGAGUUGAGCCUUUGUAGUUGUGACAUGCUCGAGAGUUACAAUUGUCCAAAUAGUGUUGAGAGUUUGGUUAUAAUAUGUUGUCAUUCAAUGACAUCGUUGACCUUCUCCAAUACACAGAAGGAGAUCCCGUCAUCCUGUAUCAGGAUUCUUAAGGUCAUAGGCUGCAAGAGUCUAACAUCAAUUUCUCAUGUGGGUUUGCAAAGUCUCACAUCUUUGGAGGAGCUGGAGAUACGCAAUUGUCCAAGUAUGGAGGAUUCGUUUCCUUGUGGGUUAUGGCCUCCUAAUUUAAGAAGACUAGUUAUAGGAGAGUUAAAUAAGCCCAUGUCAGAGUGGGGGAUUCAAAAUUACCCGAACUCUCUUCAUGUUCUAUGGUUAUUUGGAAAGAAUUCAGGAGUGGUUUCAUUUGGAGUGGAAGAAGAUCAUGCAACGAAUACUAAUAAUAGUUCCACACGUUUUCUUCUUCCGGCAUCUCUAAUUUCUCUUGAAAUUUUGGAUUUUAUCGAGGUGGAAUCACUUUCAGAGGUCUUACAACACUUCCCUUUCCUUGAAAAGCUUUCUAUUCAAAAUUGCCCAAAGCUUAGAGAUGUGCCAGAAACAACUUCAUCUUUGACAGUGUCUGUGUUGACUUAUUAA